AUUGUUCUUUGUUUGUUUUGUUUAUAUAAUUUAAUUCUUCCAAAGAGCGAAGUAGUGGAAAUAAUUAUCUCUUUCGUCAAUAAACGUACUCAAGUGAAUAGACAUAUAUAAUUCCACAACUCGGAUUCAUUGUCUUUUCGCAGUUGGGAUUACAUUUAAUGCUGCGCCGAACAAAAGAACAAACGUGCCCCUUCUUCAAAAGAUUGCUUUUGAUUUGCUGAUCGGUGUUCGAUUUAAUUCACGGUUUGACGGUUGCAUUUAUCUCUAUAACAACUCGAAGCUAAACAAAUCUUCGUAAACGCGGCGCUUUGCCUGUUUGAAUUGCCAUCAAGGAAAAUUUCUUCAGAUAACUGGAUAGUUUAUAUAUUUCGUUCUAAACCGUAACUGUGUUUUUAAAAUGGAUGGUCUAGACUCUCGAAGAGGAAGCAAGGUCGACAAAGCUGCGAGGUUGUUAAAGACUCGGCGAGGAGACCCGUCUCCUACGAAAUUUCUUCCUUCCACCAGACCACAAAGCUCAGCUUCAAUAUCUCUGUCAGGUACCUCGCCAUUUAAAGCCGCCUCAGAGCCACAAUUUGAAAACACAUUCAAGAUGGAACCAAAUCAAAAGUUCCCAGAAGGAAACGUACGAAAUAUUUUGAAAGAAGUUUUGACCGAAACACUCGCCGAAGUACAAUACGAACCGAACACCUGCCGACAGCUUACAAAGAGCAUCUCCGAGGACUUGAAACAAAAAGUUAAAGAAAUGAAAAUUCAAAGGUAUAAGAUUAUAUGUUUGGUACACAUUGGACAGUUGGGCCAACAAGCUAUGAGAAUCGGAAGUCGUUGUCUGUGGGACACGAACUUUGAUAGCUAUACAUCGUACGAGUUUAAAAACGGAUCCAUCUUUGCUAUUGGGACUGUUUUUGGAGUAUAUUUCGAAUAACUUCUUUUUUCUUUUUGAAACUAAACUGAAUUCUAGAUUGCGUUGGCUUGAAAGUUGCUUUUAUUUAAUAUUCUGCUAAAAGUGAAAAAACGUUUGGUCUACAUAUUUAAUACAGUGUUGAGUUGAGCAGUGAUGAGUGCAUGUUUACAAAGCAUUUCUGGUAGAAGACUUGAUGAUUGACAUUGAAAACUUAUAAGAGAUAAUUGCGGGUGAUAUACAUAGUUAAAUGAUUAAUUAUUGUCAUAAAAAAGUUAAUGAUUAUUUAAAAGAUAUCGUCAUUGUGAAAAUGGCCAUAAUCAGCAUAAUCAGUCUGGCCUUGUAGCUCAGCUGGUAGAGCAUCGGUGUACAAUCCGAAGGUCGUGGGUUCCAAUCCCAGCGAGGUCGGAAAUUAAUUUUUCCGAAUUUAUUCCUAAGGGACUUCUCCCGGAAUUGCCUCCUUCUAAGCACUAUAACUUUCUUUCAUUUCUAUAUCGUCAUAAUCAGCAUAGGCCGCCCAACUAUUAUAUCAGAGACAGAAAAGAACGAAUGCGCACGCUUUUAUUAUGURUAUAUGUAUCGGCACGUGCUGUUGGAAAAAUGCUGGUUACCUGUGGUAUACGUCACGAUCCCUUGCCUCGCGGGUCUACACGUCUACACUACCUUUCAAGAUGGCGCAGGKA